AUGGCCACCGAAACAAGCCAGAAAAGCGUCGAGCAGACCUCCGCGGCCGGAAAUCCGCAACCCGAGAAACUCUUUGGGCGAAAAUUCUAUGAAAGCAUCGGCAGUCCAAAAUAUGUCGUUGCGCCGAUGGUAGACCGGUCUGAAUUUGCGUGGCGCAUGCUUACUCGAUCUUUCAUGCCGCCAAAUGACCCGAAGCCUAUUCUCGCAUACACUCCCAUGUUUCAUGCCCGUCUGUUCGGGGAGCAAGAGCGUGUCCGUAAUCAUCACUUUCAACCUACCCGCAAAUCCAUCGGAGGAAAGAUUGAAGAUGUUUUCCUCGAUGGAAACCCCGCGAUUGACCGCCCUCUUUUCGUUCAAUUCUGCUCAAACAACCCGGAUGAGUUUCUAGAGGCAGCCCGGCACGUGGUUCCCUAUUGCGAUGCCGUGGACUUGAACCUCGGUUGCCCGCAGGGAAUUGCGCGAAAGGGACACUACGGAGCUUUCCUACAGGAAGACUGGGAUCUGAUCUACAAACUUAUUCACAAGCUACAUACUGAGCUUCCGAUUCCUGUCACGGUCAAGUUCCGUAUUCAAGAGACAAAAGAAAAGACCCUGGAAUAUGCCAAGAUGAUUUUAUCGGCCGGCGCCAGCAUUAUUACUGUGCAUGGACGCAGGCGGGAACAGAAAGGUCACAACACCGGAGUUGCGGAUUGGACAUACAUUCGCUAUCUACGAGAAAAUUUGCCAUCGGAUACUGUGAUCUUCGCCAAUGGCAAUAUUCUUAACUACGAUGACAUUGAAACGUGCCUCGAGGCGACUGGUGCUGACGGCGUGAUGAGCGCAGAAGGAAACCUGUCAGACCCGUCAAUCUUCAGCAAGCCGCCCCCUGUCGGCACCGAAAGCAGAGACUACUGGCGAGGGCGAGAUGGAAAGGGUGGGUAUCGAAUCGACGCCAUCGUGCGUCGAUACCUUGAUAUUAUUUAUAAAUACGUUCUCGAACAGCCAGUUCCAGAGCGGAAGCCUCUCUACCUACCAUCAGAUCCCGUCGACGAAUUCGCGGAAACCAAUGAUGCCGAGGAUGAUUACGCAGAUGGCCCUUUAAAGAAGAGACAGAAGCGCGGCAAGGGGGAGAGCGGCAAGAAGUGUGCUUCUGUCAACCUCGGUUUCAUGCAGGGUCAUCUUUUCCAAGUCCUGCGCCCAAUGAUCGCAACACAUACUGAUGUUCGAGAUGCGCUGGCGUCGUCACGGCCAGGUGAUAUCGCCGCCUUCGAGCGCACUUUGAACGUUCUUGAAAAGGCCAUCAAAGGUGGGCUCCAGGAAUACGAAGCAUCUCCUGAAAAGUUUGAAAUCCAGCCCGAUGAUAACCUCAAGGGUUCGAAGGCGGUUAUUGCGGAGUAUGGACGGCCUUGGUGGAUCUGCCAGCCCCAUGUCCGCCCUCUGCCCGAGGAAGCCUUUGAGAUUGGGGCGAUGCGGGAAAAGGGCUCGAAGCCUCCCGGAAAGGAUGAUAAACAGGAAAAGAAAGACACAGAAACGGAUACUCCUGUCUCCGAAGGCACUGUCACACCUGUUGAGGGUGCGGUCGCUACCGCGCUCACAACUGAUCCUCUUGUUAGUGGAUAG